UGACGCGCCGCGCGGACCCGGCUCGCUUCUUGUCUGAAGACGCCAAGAUGGCGGCGAGCAAUUACUACGGAUUCACGCAUGGUGCCGGCCCGCAGUACAGCACACAGCCUGUUACUGCCUACUCCCACCCGACAGCGGCGAGCUAUGCAGUCCAGCCGGCUCCCGGCAUGGCCCAUGCAGUGACCGCCUCGUACGCCCCUGCGGCGGCCCAGUCUGCCAGACCAGUGGCAUCCGGCGCCUACCAGGGCUACCAAACCCAUACGGGGGCAGAGUAUGUGUAUGGAGCCCGUCAGCCGGAAGCCACGCCGCCGCCGCCACCACAGCCCACAACAGCACAGCAGACGUACCAGGUCUAUACAGCAACGGAUAAUUAUAGCUAUGGAAGGGCUACAGCUGCCAGUAAUUAUGAGAAUAAGCAGUACUAUCUGGCAGCAGCAACCCAGGUGCAGCACACGCCUACAGAAGCGUACUACCAGUCAGGUGUGAAAGGGGGUUACAGUCAGGCCAGCAGUGGCUACAGCCAGCCUCCUCCUCAGAGACCGGUCACAGCUUUAAAGCCCAUUGCCCCAGCCAGCGCCGUUUCAACCAGCUAUAAUAUCUACCCCGUGUCCACCAGCGUACAGCAGUCUCCAGCCCCAACCUCCAUCUCCUACGCUCCCAGCUCUUCCUACAGCUCCACCGUCCCAACCUCCUACUCUGGCUCUAGCUAUUCUAGCUACAACACCAGUGGCUACACAUCCACCCCCUCCUAUUACCAGCCUGCUCAACAGCAGCACCAGCACCAGCAGGCUCCCCCACAGCAGCACACGCAACCACAGCCCCCAAAACAGCCUACCAACGCCACCUGGAGCAAUGCAGGAAGCAACGUCAUCACCACGCCCACUCUCACAGGCAACACCUAUAAGAAACCCAUCUUCCAGAACAAGAUGCAGAAGCCCAAGGGUCCACCCAAACAGCCACAGCUCCACUACUGUGAUAUCUGCAAGAUCAGCUGUGCUGGCCCACAGACCUACCGUGAGCAUUUAGAGGGCCAGAAGCACAAGAAGAAAGAGGCAGCCCUCAAGUCUGGGAACCAGGCGAACAAUGGGCCACGCGGUGUGCAGACACAGCUCCGAUGUGAGCUCUGUGACGUGUCCUGCACUGGCGCAGACGCCUAUGCAGCGCACAUCCGGGGAGCCAAGCACCAAAAGGUUGUGAAGCUGCACACCAAGCUGGGGAAGCCCAUUCCCUCCACUGAGCCUGUGAUGGUAAACUCUGCCCCAGUUGCCACCACGACCACGGCCAGUAAACCAGCUCCCUCCACCACCUCCCACACUGUGGCCCCGCCCAAACCCACCGCCGUCACGACCAGCAAUGCCACCAAACCCCCGGCCACCGCCAAGAAGCCCGUCACCCCUAAGAUCACCUUUGUUGGUGCUAACAAGCCUGCAGCCGUUGUGACAAAGGUGGUGCCAGUGAAGCCACCGGCACCAGUUACUGAGUUGCACAGCGAUCUCGAGGACGAUGGGGAUGGCUGUGGGGGGCAGGGGGAUGUGCAGCCCGUUGGACACGACUACGUGGAGGAGGUGCGUAAUGAUGAAGGCAAAGUGAUCCGGUUCCACUGCAAGCUGUGUGAAUGCAGCUUCAACGACCCCAAUGCUAAGGACAUGCAUCUCAAGGGGCGCCGCCACAGGCUGCAGUACAAGAAGAAGGUGAACCCUGAGCUGCCGGUGGAGAUCAAGCCCAGUAACCGGGCCCGCAAGCUUCAAGAUGGCAAGAUGAGGAAGCAGAAGCAGAAGGCGGUUCUGAAGAGGCGGAGGGACGAUGAGCAGCACUGGCACAUGGAGAUGGGCAGGCGCUAUGAAGAGGAGAUGUACUGGAGGCGGAUUGAGGAAGAGCAGCUAUACUGGGGGGAGCGAAGGAUGGCACCCCCUCCCCCUUUAAUGGGGCGACCCGGCAUGCCGGUCCCCCCUCUUCUGCUCUUCUCCUCCAAGCCCACCCGGCGCCCAGACUCAUCCGACGACCGUCACAUCAUGGUGAAGCACUCGACUAUCUACCCCGUGGAGGAGGAGCUGCAGGCAGUGCAGAACAUAGUCUCGCACGCAGAGCGUGCGCUCAAACUCGUCUCCGACUCCCUGCUAGAGAAAGAAGACGACCCCGACAGGAGCAAAACAGACUGCCGUGUGCUAAAGGGCGUGAUGCGUGUCGGGAUCCUUGCUAAGGGUCUGCUGCUUCACGGGGACAGAAACGUGGAACUCAUUCUGCUGUCGGCUAAGAAGCCCACUGUGUCCUUGCUGCAGAAGAUAGCAGAGCUGCUGCCUAAACAGCUGCGGACGUUUUCGGAGGAACAAUAUGAGGUGGUGGCUCGUCCCGAGGAGGCCAGCAUCGUGAUUUGUUCAAGCAAGGAACCUCAAAUGCAGGUCACCAUCUCUCUCACGUCGCCACUGAUGAGGGAGGACAGUGCCACUGAGAAGGACGAAAAGGCAGGAGACAAGGCGGCUGAGAAAGGAACUCCAGCAUCUGAGCCUGAUCCUCCGGACGUCCUGAACAAACGGAAGUGCCUGGAUUCCCUCGCUGCCCUCCGUCACGCCAAGUGGUUUCAGGCUCGGGCGAACGGCUUGCAGUCCUGUGUGAUCAUUAUUCGUGUACUUCGGGACUUGUGCCAGCGUGUGCCUACCUGGGGCUGUCUGCCUGACUGGGCAAUGGAGCUGCUGGUUGAGAAGGCAAUUAGCAGCACGUCUGCACCCCUCAGCCCAGGUGAAGCCAUGCGCAGAGUUUUAGAAUGUCUAGCCACCGGGAUUCUACUACAAGGCGGCCCUGGGCUGCUGGACCCCUGCGAAAAAGACCAAACAGACGCUCUGGAAAGUAUGACCAGCCAGUCGAGGGAUGACAUAACGGCCAGUGCUCAGCACGCUUUAAGAUUGCUGGCUUUCCGGCAGAUUCACAAAGCCCUGGGGAUGGACUCUCUGCCGACGCUCAAAGCCCGCGCCAGCGCCCGGAAACGAAGACUUGACACCAGCGAAACAGCCGAGGGGGAAGAGGAGGAGAAGAAAGACAAAAAGGAAGAUGCAGACGAUGCCUAACCACUGUCCUAGCAACAACCGCUUGAAACAAAGAAGUUCACACAACUUUCAUUUUUAUAUAUAAAAAAUAAAUUAGACCUAUGGCAAUUUUUAGUGGGGAGGUGGUAGAGGGGGUGACAUGGAAUUAGGAGAAAAGACCCUCCCACCUAAACUCCCUCCUUGAACGUAUGGUAGAUUUAUUUUAAAAUUGUGCUUUAAAUUGGUUUAAAAAAUAUAUGCUGCGUUAUUCCAUUAAGACUUUUCCCUGGCAACUAUACCCUCACCUCUCCCAAACACUAAUAAACCAUCUUUAAAGUUUCAGAGGUUAAAAUCCAAGGCAUAUUUUUCCUCCGUAAAUCAGAAACCUCACUAGUAAAAGGCCAGUUUGUUUUUACCGGUUUACAAUUGAGCAAAUAUUUGAGAUUUGUAAUUUAUUUUUAAUUUUUGAACUUGCAAAGCUGUGGGUGCUGAAGGAGGCUGAGUGGAUGAUGUGUUAGCAGCUUGGUGUAGCACAAGGCUUUUACCCUAACCUAGCUG